AUGGAUUUCAAUUAUGAAGAAGAAGUAGAAGAAAUAAAUUACAAUAUUCCUAAUGAUGAAGAAGAUGAUAGACUUGCAAAAGAAGUCGAGCAACUUUUCAAAACAGGUCCUGUAGCUUUUGUUGAUUCUUCUUAUUGGGAUCAGAGAUAUACAGAUAACCCAAAGCAUUUCGAGUGGUACUUAGGAUUCGACCACUUUCUUCCAGAAAUCAAAAAGUUUGUUCCAUUGAAGGGAAUUGCUGCCAAUAUCGGCUGUGGAACAUCCAUAAUGGGAAUGGAGCUUAUAGAUGCCGGAUUUACUACUGUCGAUAAUACAGAUAUUUCACACGUUGCAAUUGAUCACAUGAAAGAAUUAUUUAAAGAUGUGAAAAAUGUCAAUUGGAUUUUGGAUGAUUGUACUAAUACUAAGCUAGAAAAGAAUCAUUACGACGUAAUCUUCGAUAAAGGAACACUAGAUGCUUUAAUUUGCUGUGAUGAUCCAGAUGACAUACUAAACGACAUUUUCAAGGGCGUAAUCAACUCAUUAAAGCCAGGAGGCUACUUCGUAGAGAUUUCUUUUGGAUGCCCAGAAGAAAGGCAAGAAUAUUUCGAUGUUGAAGGUUUAAACUGGAAUCAAGUAAUUAUUUGUACUCUUAGCUCAGAAUUAACAAAAACUACACCUUAUUUCAUUUACAUUUACAGAAAAAAUUUCAAAUGA